CAAUGAUACCAGAAAAUCGACGUGCCACUGUGGACCGUAUAAAGCCACACCAUCUGUGUCUUCUCGUUCUUCAACCGCUACGUUAUCAGAAAUUUAAAGCGUUACUCGGCUUGUUUUCUCUCGAUUCUUCAUCCUAUCUUAAAUAAUCUGCACUUCAUCAUGUCAUCUUACCCCAAAGCAACCGAAAAGACAUCUGACGCCGUAAUGUCAGACCUCAACCCCGCCCGACCGGCUCCAUUGCAUCCUGUGCUUGAUGCCGUUGAAAUGCAUAUGACAGUGCCUCUGAACCGAUGGCCCAAGUAUGCGAUCAUGGGCACACCAGAUUACAAGAGACGACAGGAAUUUCUCAUGUCGGACCAUUUGAAGAAGUUUCCUCCGCCUGGAACAGUAGACACGUCUUCCAAGGAUAUGCUGCUGUCCACAACGUUCAUGCGCAAGAUGACGCUAAUACAGCGCAUCAUGCAACGCCAGGGCUCAGCCGCGAAUGACGAUCCCCGUUACAUUUAUCUUUAUGACGACAUGCGCUUCAAACGUAACAUUUUUUACUGGCGCAAUUUUCGUAUGAAUGACUUGCCACCCGAAAUCAUUACGCAUAUCUUCCGUAUCGCCGCUUGGUCAACCACUACUCCUGCUGAAGGCACGCACAUUCGCCUAUUACUCACUUCGGUGUGUACCAAAUGGCGCCGGUUGAUGAUCGAAGACUGUACCCUUUGGAGUGCUAUUUGGUUCCGCGAUCCUCCUCCUUAUGAACGGUCGAUGGAGUGGUUUAAGAGGGCAGGUGGUGCACCGUUGGACAUUCGCAUCAACGAGCAUGAUGCCGACUGGAAGUCCAAAGAUGAUGAUUUCAGGUACAAAGAGGACGACCAUCGGUUCACUCCCAAACAGAUGGAAGAGCUCAUGGACAAAAUCUUUGUCAAAGUCUCUCAGAUUCGCAUGCUUGUGCUUGUUGUUGAUAACUGGCCCCCCGCGCUCGUAGUUUUGGACAAGUUGCAGAAAGCAGCUUAUGCUGGAAAUGUCAUCAACAUGGAACGUAUAGAAAUUCAUAGGAUGGGACGACCUUUGAUAUGGCCUGAGCCAGGACAUACGCCUUCUGUGCUUUUCGGUGGCCAGACUCGGGCCUUAAAAUAUCUCUGCCUCCGCGGCGUUCACAUUGACUGGAACGCGACUCCACUUAGCAAUCUAUCAACCAUCGACCUGAGGAAAAUCGCGAUGAAUGUUGCGCCAACGUUGAAUCGCUUUCGCGAGGUUCUCCUCGCUUGCCCUCGCUUGCAGAAGUUGUCUUUGGAUGGCGCAGGCCCGCAACCCAGCGCUAGAAUGCCUGAUCACAUUCCAAUUAACCUUCCUCACCUGAAGGUUCUUAUUAUAGGCGAUUUCAGCCUGGUGUACUCGUGCUACAUUUUAUCUCAAUUCAAGGCACCCAACGUUCGCGACUUAACGUUAAUGAACCUGUCAGGUGAUGAUUAUACGACAAUGAUCACUGCCAUAACUGGUCGGUACAAGGAGCUGCGACUCCUGACGCUCUAUACGGUCAACAUCAGUCCCACAGAGAAGGGGACGAAAGCGAUGGUGAGGUUCCUAUAUGCGAUACCUUGCCUGAGCUAUCUACGGAUCGCCUCCAUGAACUGGCAUGUCAUAGAGGCAUUUAACGAAGACCCUCGAGAAUAUGGACUGGGGAAAGAUAUAGACACUCGGUCAUUCCCGCAGAACCGUCCAGUUCUGUGUCCGAAACUUCAGACGCUAGAAUUCCAGCAAUUGUCUGGAACGAAGGUAGCGGAGUGGGCCACUAGGAGGAAGGUGCUAGGUGCCCCGCUGAGGAGGGUCUAUGUGAAUUCCCCGUACAUCAGCAACGUAACUGCGGAGGAAGCGGACAUGAUCCAUCAGGCUGUGGGUGGUCUGUUCAUCGCGCCUCUAGGGUCCACUACCCCCGAGGAGAGGGCGUUGGCGACUUGCGACCGUUAUGGAGAGACGAUCUAGAGGGGCAGUACUUAUUAGAAUGAUAUAUUCCGUGACCAUAUGCAUAGGAAACAUCUGUAUACCAUAAUUUACAUACUUGGCAUAUUGCAAUCUAGCAUCUUAUUCGUGUACUUGUAGUUUGUAGUCAAAGUCACACGUGACUUGAGUUCUUAGGUCAUG